AUGCCCACGUAUCAAACCCCACUUCCCAAGUCCAGGACGCUAUACAGCAAAGGCGUCCGCGCGCUCCUGUACCCUUGCCUUGAAGGUCGAGGAAAAGGUGUGGUUGUCUCGUAUCAAGGAGAUAGACGGCGUCCCAAUCGCCGUUAUCUCUAUGCAGCGGAUGAGCUCGGGUAUCGACGACAGCAGAGCUACGUACACGACAUCAUCGUCAACAUCGCUGUCGGCGGUCGGCAGUACCGUUUUCGUGUCUUCUUCAAGAGACACAAAGCCCUUCCUGAGAACCAGGCCAUAAAAGCGCUUCCCGGGGCGACGGUGACAUUCGACGGUGACGUCGUGCUUGCUGCGAUUGGACCAAGGGUCGCCAUUCGCAACAUGGGUCCUAGGGCCGAGCGAGCAGCCGCCGAUAUAGCUAUUUGCGAGUAUGUCUUACUGGCCAUGUUGCGGAACGUGCACUGA